GUUCCCGCAGCGGUGGUGAACCCGCGGCAGGCCAGACCCAGGGGGAACCUCAUAAAUGCCGCUGGGAAGGACUCUGUGGUGGGAGUGUUCUGGAACUUGGCAGAAGUCGAUACAAAAGAAGAGAUUAAAAGCUUUUCUAAAGAAUUGAAAAUUGGCGCUGAGCGCUGGGGGUGUGGAAGGAGGCCUGUGCUCUUGUAUGCGCUCGGAAGUGAGGAGAUGGGGGCCGCUGGCUCUUCCUGGCGUUAGGGAAACAUUAACUUGGGAGUUACGCUAUCAGCUGGGGCUAAAAGGUGAGGAAGCACUUUGCAGAAAGCAGUUUAAAUGGGCACAAACGACAAUGCAAAUCCCUGUUUUUACAGUUGAUGCUUUUACAAACCGGCCGUUUUUUGGAAAUCCUGCUGCAGUUUGUCUGCUUGAAAAUGACUUGGAUGAAGAUUUGCACCAAAAAAUUGCAGUGGAAAUGAACCUUUCAGAAACUGCUUUCAUCAGAAAACUGCACCCUGGAGAUGACUUUACUAAAAGUUCCUGCUUUGGACUCAGAUGGUUCACCCCAGCCAAUGAAGUUCCUCUCUGUGGUCAUGCUACACUUGCAGCAGCUGCCGUGUUGGUUCACAUACAAAAAAACAAAAAUUCAGUUCUCACAUUUGUGACGCUGAGUGGGGAAUUAAGAGCCAGACAAGUGGAAGAUCAUAUUGUCCUGGACUUACCGCUUUACUUAGCCUACCCACAGGUACUUCAGGAAGUAGAAGAGUUAAUAAAGGCAGCUGUUGGUGACAUGAUUGUUCAAGAUCUUUGUUACUCUCCUGACACGCAAAAACUCCUAGUCCGCCUCAGUGAUGCUUAUGAAAGGUCUGUGUUGGAAGAACUACAAGUGAGUGCACAACGCUUUUGAUCAGCUGAAAAGACAGGAAAGGUGAAAGGACUCAUACUCACUCUUAAGGGAAAUUCCAGUGGAAAACGUAAAGGCCAUGAUUUCUACUCCAGAUAUUUUGCACCUUGGUAUGGAGUUCUGGAAGACCCUGUUACAGGAUCUGCCCAUGCUGUCUUAAGCAGCUACUGGUCGGAGCAGCUGGGGAAGAAAGAAAUGCUUGCUUUUCAAUGUUCCCGCUGUGGAGGAGAGUUGAAGAUUUCGUUGCGUAAUGAUGGAAGAGUUGACAUUGCAGGGCGAGUUGCUAUUGUUCUAAAAGGAGACCUGACUUUCUGAAAAAAAAAAAAAAGCCACAAAAAACUCAAGCA